GAGCCAGAAAAAUAUACCGUUCGUCCACGCGCGCGUCACCUAUCGUUCUUGCCCACGUGGAACGCGAGUAUAGAGCUAUAUAACAGCUCUUCCGUAGCCAUACGGUGCGGAUAGGUACACGCGUUAGUUGCCAAAAAUAGAGGACGUACCCAAGUAUUGCCCGAAAUCCGGAUUAACGACACGUCAGAAGGAGAAAGUGCAGUGCGUAUACGUGCGGAGAUAGGCGUCUGCGCGCAGUAGGGAUCGUUCGCGGCCGCUUCAUUGACGCGCAUCUCGCAGUGUGUAUACGUGCUCAGCUGCGCGCGGAUCGUUUGACAGACGGUGUAUAUAAGUAUAUAGGUACUCGGAGAGCUGUAUCGCGCGACGGUGAGGAUUAUUAUAAGCAGCGAGUUAUGUGCCAGGAUAAUCGCUGAGCCGAGUAGACGCGAAAUUGGAGUUUGUUGUUCGCUGAAAAACCUGAUGCUCGUCGAGGAGGCGCUUUGUGUCGCGUCUCCGAUGAGAACGAUAUGCACGGAUUCCGCGAUAAUGAGAUGAUGGGGGGACGUGAUAGAGUGAUGCAGCGGCCGACGACGAUGUUGCUGCUGCUAAUCGCGGUGUCCUUCCAAGCGGUCAGCGGCAACCUCUUCGGGACCAAUAGACAGAGGACGGAUGAUCAGUGCUUCUGCGAGCUGAAUGGUGCUAUUGACGACUGCAGCUGCACAGUGGACACUGUGGACUAUUUUAACAAUGUUAAAAUCUAUCCCAGACUGCAGAGCCUUCUAGUCAGGGACUAUUUUAGAUUUUACAAAGUCAAUCUCAAGCGAGAUUGCCCCUUUUGGGCGGAUGAUAGCAAGUGUGCUAUUCGCUUUUGUCAUGUACAGCCAUGUCAAGACAAGGACAUUCCAGUCGGACUGAAAGGUGAACUUCCAAGAAAUAUACAUGUGAAUGAGAGCCCGUCAGAUAAAUACAAAGCUAAUAUGCAGAUAAGCGAUUGUGAUCAGAAUAAUCACGAUCACAAUAUAGAGUUAGGAUAUUUAAAUACUACCAUAAGUUCUGAGAACUAUAAGGAAUUUGAGAGAUGGCAGCAACAUGAUGAUGCUCAAGAUAACUUUUGUGUUACGGAAACGGAUACUGGGGAGUAUGUUGAUUUACUUCUGAAUCCAGAAAGGUACACAGGUUAUAAAGGACCCAGUGCACAUAGAAUAUGGCGUAGUAUUUAUAUGGAGAAUUGCUUUAGGCCAGACAAUUCUCCUCACACAUUCAUUCAAUCAUCGAAAGUGGAUGAUAUGUGUUUAGAAAAAAGGGUAUUUUAUAGGGCAGUUUCUGGACUCCAUUCUAGCAUAAAUAUACACUUGUGUUCCAAGUACUUACUGUCAUCCCAAAGUCGACUGGAGGUAGCUCCAGAAGGACAGUGGGGAGCUAAUGUAGUAGAAUUACAAAGACGUUUUUCACCAGAAACAACUGGUGGAGAGGGUCCAAAUUGGUUGAAGAAUCUUUAUUUUUUGUACAUGUUGGAAUUGAGAGCGCUUGCGAAAGCGGCGCCUUAUUUACAAAGAUUAGAUUAUUAUACUGGCAAUGAAGUCGAAGAUUCGGAUACUAGAUUAGCAAUCAACGAUAUUUUGAAUGUAGUUAGGACGUUUCCCGAACAUUUUAACGAAAGUGUAAUGUUCAAUGGAGGAGUGGAAGCACAAGUUUUAAAAGAAGAAUUCAAACAACAUUUUAGAAACAUUUCUCGCAUAAUGGAUUGUGUGGGAUGUGACAAGUGCAAAUUGUGGGGAAAACUUCAAAUACAAGGCUUGGGCACAGCUCUAAAAAUUUUAUUCUCGGGGAAAUUUGAAAAAUACGAGCCCACUGUACUGACUUUUAGUAAAAAACAUUUUUUCCUGGAGAGAAGCGAAGUAGUAUCGCUCAUCAACGGAUUUGGAAGAUUAUCAGAAAGCAUAUUUGAAUUGGAAAAAUUCCGGAAACUAAUUAGAUAGUCCAGCAUUAUUUGUAGAGGAUAAUUUAUUUAUUUAUUUUUUAAAUAUUUCUUUACAAAAACAUCACAUUAAUUAGCUUUAAAUGCGGGUAUCACACUUAGGUUCACGAAUUACUUUUUGUUAUUCUAUACUAUAUCUCAGUGAGUUUAUUUUAUGUCAACGUGCAGCAUGAAAUCGUGAUGAAAACGAAAUGUUCAAACCGUUUUCCGACUCUGAAAACUCUUAUUUUUAUGAUGCCCUUUUUCUUUUCAUGACGACUUCACAUUAAAAAAUUAACUAUGUCUGUGAUAAAUGAUAUUCAACUACAAUGAAACAUAAUCAAGAUGAUGAAAGUUUCAAGUAAUCCAAUUCAAUUUUUAUUUAAAAACCUGAUUUCUAGUUUUUAGAAAUAGCCAAAUUCAAUAUUAUGGAUACAGUGUACUUUAAUUCAUUACAUAUUUCUAUAAAUUUUAUAAAACAAUCAUCAAAACUAGAAAUAUUUUUUAACAAUGAUUGUAAUACUUUUUUUAUAAAGUUGUAGCUUUAGAUUAUAAUAUAACAGAUGAGAAAGUAGCUGAUGUUACAUACUAUUUACAUGUGCAUCAAUCAAUCAGUUAAUUAUGAUGGUAAAACCAUAAAGAGAAACUUACUCUUAUGUUAUUCCAAAUUAUACAUAUAUAUCUAUUAUGUAUUUAUUUUAAAUAAGUGUACUUUCAAAUUAUAUAUAUUUAAAACGUUAUUACAUUAAGAAAAAUUGGAGCAAUAUUAUUAUGAACUUUUAUUAUUUUAUUUUUUAAAUUAAAUAUUAUUACUAGUCUGUUAUCUUUUUUUCUGUUUUCAUUCUAUACUGUGUGCAUAAACUACGCGUAUGCAAAAAAUAUAAUGUAUUGAUCAAA